GAACAAGCCUACGGAAAGUUCGAGAACUAUUAUGUGUUCUGUGGCGAGAAGACAGAUGUCAAAAUUCUGGAAAUUUUUAUUUUUAAAGCCGGAGAAGAAAAUCAGUUGAAUUUGAAUAAACUCAAAGUGUUAAUAAUCAGAGUGAACGGUGGUGAUUCACGAACGUAAAAGUGGAUUUAAAAUGGUAUUUAGCUUAUGUGUUUCAGGACGGCCUAUAUAAUACAUAAAUUAAUUUCCUAUACCUCAAAUUGUUUACAUUUCUAUUAAAAGGGUUUCUAAAAAGCUUUGAGGUGCUCUGCUACCUACCAGGCUAAUAUUUCAUAUUUGUAAAUGGUGCAUGCAAAGGAACUCGAAGAGUCUGGCAUGCCUAUGAACGAUGUUCAGUCAUUGAUAAAUCAACAAACUGGAUUCUCUAAAUGGAGACAAUCAGAUGCACCGAUCAAAAGGCUAAGGUGCAGUAAAAAAGACUCGUAUACUCACCUGCUAUCACAAAGAGAAGACAGUGUUCUGUAUAGGGAUACUCCAAUAUUUACUUGUAAAUUUUCACCCCAGCAGAAUCAUGAACAUCUUUUAGCAUUAGCAAAUGAAGAUGGAAAGUUGGCUGUGCAUGAUAGUAACACAGACGAGAGGUAUGGUAUCCAUGCCCAUAACAAUGCAAUUUUUGACUUGGCCUGGAUGUUCAAUCAGAUGAAAUUAGUGACUGCCUCAGGAGAUCACACAUCAAAGCUGUAUGAUAUUGGUAAUGGAGAAAUCAGAGAAGAAAAAGUAUUUUGUGGUCAUACAAGAUCUGUUAAAACUGUAGCUUUUAGGAAGGAUGAUACCAGUGUUUUUGCAACAGGAGGAAGAGAUGGAAACAUCAUUGUAUGGGAUACCAGAACUGAUAUUAAUAGUUUUGUAGGAAGAGCUGACAGAACAAUAUCAAAUUCGCAUACUGCAAAAAUAUUUACGCCGACUAAAUCAAGAAGGAAGUUCAGUUCACCAACACCAUCAAGUGUCAAAUCUGUCACUGGUUUAGCCUUCCAGGGAAACAAUACACUAAUAUCGUGUGGUGCUGGGGAUGGCAUUAUAAAAAUUUGGGAUCUCCGAAAGAAUUAUACAACGUAUAAAAAGGAGGCGGCACCUAAAAGCGUUAUACCAUAUCCAGGAAAUACCACUAAAAAUGGAUAUAGCAGUCUCAUCAUUGAUAAUGAGGGCAUUAGAAUAUAUGCAAAUUGUCUAGACAAUACAAUAUAUUGCUACAAUGUGGCAACUUAUCCUACUGAGCCUGUGAUGAGGUACAGAGGCCAUCAAAACAGCACUUUUUAUGUAAAAUCGUCUCUUGGUAGAGAUGGCGAGUAUCUAAUUAGUGGUAGUAGUGAUGAAAAUGCUUAUAUUUGGAGUACAAAACAUUCUUUGCCUUUGGUUAAACUUUCAGGGCAUACAGCUGAAGUGACUUGUGUCGCGUGGAGUGACAAAAACUUUGUACUGAUCACUUGCUCAGAUGACAUGACUCACAAAAUCUGGACGAUUGGUCCGGAAGAGUUGCCCGAUGAUUGGGACGUGAAUGGUAGGGGAUGUGCAGAGGUUGUUCCUAUUGUUAAAAAUACUGAACGAAAUUUCACAUUGAAGAGGAUACUUGAGGAAGUCGAAGUCUCUACGCCAAAAAGAAUGCUUCUUCAAUGUGAAAGGUGUUCGGGAGUUUUUACAACAUCAUGCAAAAGUUGUCCUUCGUCGAAACGGAAAAGUGAUACUAAACUGGACAAUGAAAACGUAGCAACUCACACCGAGUUCGGGCCCAAACGCUUGUUCGUCAACAGUACCAAUGUAGCCACCACAAAUGAAAAUGAGACUGAAAGUUCAGCUACAGCUAUGUCUAAGACUUCCGAUUUCAAUGAAUACGAGCCGCCGUGCAAAAUGUCUCGAAUAGGUGACUUUGAGAUGCCAAACAACCAUAAGGUGAUCAUAGAAGAUAUAUCCGAGGACACUGGGUGUGUGCCGCUGUCGGUUAUCAAAGACGAUUCAAAUCAACAGACUAGACUUAAUAGGGACAUGAAUGACGAUAUGGAUUACGAACCGCCUGCGAAGUGUCCGAGAAACAACAUCGAAAAUUCCCCAACUGUGAAUCUUCCUAAUUACAUUGUAGAUGGAGUUGCUCCGCAUUUGAAUUACUCUCCACCGAAGAAAAAGAAUCAUGACUGGCUGACGAGGCUCAGGAUAGAAAAUCAACUUCGAAGGGACAUGCAGGAGAGGACGGAAGGAUGUACCAUACCAAAACCACCCAAAGUGGAAUCUCCGAGGUGUAGAAAAUUCGUUAUGCCAAAAAGUCCGCUGCUAAAGUACUUUAAGGUGACGAAUAGCACUCAGAAGUGUGAAGGUGGUUCUAAGUUGCACGACUGCUCAAGUGUAGAUGCCGUAAAAUAUUGAUGAAAUGUGAUAUUUCGCUUAAGGUUUCGAGGAUUAGUUAUGAAAUUGAAUGAAAUGGAUAAAAUCCGUGGAUUACUAAACAAUAUAGACCUCUUGAUUCUUUCAUCAAAAAUCAAACGUUCGAAGUGUGAUCCAGUGGCGUAGCAUAUGAUCGAUAUUCGAGGUCGUAGUACGAAAAUUUCAUUUUUGAAUACGAGUAUUAUUCAGGCGCGAAUUUAUGAAAAAAGGAGAGGUCGGCAUUUUUUCAAGUGAACCCACUUGUUCGGUACAUCCUAUAAAUCAAGUGACAAAUUGUUAAGAUAAUUUGUUUUAUUUGAUACAGUAACACAGAAUCCUCGUCUUGUUUUUCGGUGAAAAAAUGCUACUUCUCAAUAAGGCAUUGAGAUCAGUAAUGAUGGCCAUUUCACGAGUUAGUAGUGAAACAAAUUUUCAUUCAGAUAUAUACGAGGGUGGUCCCAGAAGUACCCGAUCCAACGAAGAAAACACAAAAAUUUUGUAAAAAAAUGCAUUUAUUCCCAGUGAUGUUCUAUAAGUUCGAUACCCUUUUUAUAAUAAGAACUGUCUUGCCCCUCAAAACGGCCUUUACAUUACAUCGUUGGAAAAUAUUUGACUACUGUGCCAUUUUUUCAAGUUUCGUGGGGGCUAAAUCUGGUGAAUAGGGUGCCUGAGGUAGCAAUUCAAACUUUAAUUCGUUAAUUUUGGCAAUUUUGCAAUAACGGAUUUGUGAGCUGGUGCAUUGUCUUGAUGAAACAACACUUUCUUCUUAACCAAACGCGGCCGUUUUUGCUUGAUUGCAUCGCUCAAACGUUGCAAUAAGUUCGCAUAAUACUCGCCGUUGAUAGUUUUACCUCUUUCAAGAUAGUCAAUGAAAAUUAUCCCACGCGCAUCCCAAAAAAUCGACGCCAUAACCUUGCCGGCAGAUGUAACCGUCUUCGCCUUCUUUGGAGCCGGUUGUUCCUUUUGAGUCCAUUGUUUUGAUUGUUCACUUGUCUCGUUUGUGAAGUGAUGGACCCAUGUUUCAUCCAUGGUUAUGAAACGACGCAAAAAAUCUGCUUUGUUGCUGUGAAACUUCGUUAAACCGUCAACUGAAACAUCUUCACAACACUGUUUUGCUCGAUUGUAAGCAAUCGCGGCACCCAUCUUGCACACAGCUUUCUCAUGUCCAAAUUUUCAUCAUAUGCGAUGAACCGCACUUUUUGAAAUGCCUACUAUGUCUGCUAGCUCGCGCACUUUCAGUCGACGAUCAUUGAGUACCGCUUUGUGAAUUUUCUUCACCAUUUCUGGAGUCGUCACCUGAUUUGGUCGACCACUGCGAUGCUCUUUUUGAAAUGCCUACUAUGUCUGCUAGCUCGCGCACUUUCAGUCGACGAUCAUUCAGUACUGCUUUGUGAAUUUUCUUCACCAUUUCUGGAGUCGUCACCUGAUUUGGUCGACCACUGCGAUGCUCGUCCUGGCAGCUCAUACGGCCUAGUUAAAGCUCUGCUACCCAAUAUUUUACUGUUGUAAACGAAGGAGCAGACUCACCCAGAGUAGAAUCCAGUUCAGCUUUUAUAUUGCUUGGGCCUUUGCAAUAAAAGUGUUGUACCACAUAACGAUGACCAAUUUUCUCCAUUUUCACAAAUUCACUGAAAACGUUCAGUAUUGAUGGCUGCCAAACAAAUACUAAACAACGUGGCGUCUUUAAACUUGACACAUAUGCUUUAUAGGUUGCAUACUUUCUAAUACGAUGAUAUUUUUCAAACAAAUAUCGCCAUCUCUAGGUCAGGCCGGGUACUUCUGGGACCACCCUCGUAUGUCAGAUCAUGCAGCUCUCUUAAUAUGAUUGUAAGCAUCUAGGUGAUAAAAACGUCAACUUUACAGUCACCACUAAUCAAAUAAUUUGAAAAUACUGAGAUUCCUCAAAAAUAAAUUAAACAUGAAUCUUGCUGCUACUUCAGGGAUUUGAUUUCCAGUAUCGAUAUGUACAGUUCAGAUUUAACAAAAUAACAAGUGGAAUGAAGAGAAAAAAUUGUAACACAUCAUAUAUUGCGCAAAAAUAAUGUCCGCAUAGAAAAAAUAAUAUCAGAUGUAUAAACCGGAGUCGAAAAGCAUUAAAACUUCCAACUUGGCGUCAGUGAAUAACAAUCACGCCACUGGGACCCGAAAAUAAAACAAACAUAACUUCUAUGCCAAGUUGUUCCGUCAACAGAAAAACUCAUAAUGUCACAUUCGACUUAUGAAUAAUAAUAUUUAUUACCCUUUAGACAUGUAUAGGGUUCGUCAACAAACAAUUUACAGUAUGUAGAUACAUAAAAAAAACAGUAAAAUGACAAGCAACAACAUACAAUAGCUUAAAUUAGAUAUUUUAAAAUGGACACCAUAGGCAAACAACAGCAGAUAAAAUAGAUUAGCUUUCCAGCAAUUAAAAUUAAUAAAUUAACGUAAAUACAAUAAAAAAUGUAUAAAAAGACAAACAAUACGUGGAUAACAAACAAUACAAAAAAAGAACAUCUAAAUAUCCACAAAGUCGCUGAUGGCGUAACAAGUCUUAUUAAUCAAGUAAGUUCUUAACUCGGCUUUAAAAUUGCUUAAUGAGCUAAUUGUCUUAAUAUACUCAGGCAGCUUAUUGAAUACCUUUGGUCCUAAAUAGAGGGAGAUCUACUACCCAGCUUACAUCGAGCAAAGGGUAGAUGAAUGUGGUGCUGCCUACGAGUAUUGAAUGUAUGUAUAUUACUAUUCAAAGUGAAAUUAACUCUGUUAAUAUACGUAUAUAUUGCAAUUUCAUAAAGAAACAACGAGGGCAGUGUGAGAAUUUUUAAUUUCGGGAACAAGUCACUGCAACUGUAUAUACUGUCAACACCUGCUAUGCACCUUAUUAAUCUCUUUGACUUGGAAAUACCUUUGAAGUAUUCACCGAGGAACCCCAGAAACACAAUGCAUACCGCAUUCGCGACUCGAUAUGACUGUGAUAUAACAUCAAGAACUGGUCGCGUGUAAAAGCUUCGCAGACAAUGUCCUUUAAAAUUGAGGCACUCAUCCAGGUGCAGUCCCAAGAAUGUUGUGCUCUCACUGAUGGGCAGGGCUGAAUUAUCCAAUGUAAGCUGCAGGGGAGGUAUUGAUUUUUGGGCAUUGUGGAAUCUUAUUGCUGUAGUUUUUUCACAGCUUAGAUGCAGCUAUUGAUGCUAUGUAAUAAGCUAUUACAGUCGUUAAUUAGUAUAACGUCAUCUUUAUUUGAUAGAAUAAUCGAUGUGUCGUCCGCGUAUAAGGUAAAGUGUGCUCUGGGGAAGCACUGCUCAAGGGUAUAUACUGCAAACAGAACAGGCCCCAACAAAGAUCCUUGUGGACGCCAACAUCCAUAUUUAUCCCACUAGAACUAUAGAUAGAAAUCAUUUUCGGAGAUAUACUAGCCUCCAUUGAGGUACAUGCAACAUGGUAAAUUUCCGAGAUGUUUGCAAAAAUCCGAAUGUCUAUAUUUUUUAGUAGUCAGUGAUAAAAACGUUGACUGCUGGUGUUUGGUCAGGCUGACGCCUGACUGACUAUUUGAAAAAAUACAAUUUGCAGAGCUACAUACAGGAAUUUCCACAUUAAUGUGCUAUCCCUUUCUUCAAUUUUCACAAUUAAGUUUUUAAACUAGGAUUGUAAGAAAGAAAUAUGUAUAUUUUUUACACCCACAGUGCAAGUGCAUCAAGUAUAAUUGGAUGUAAGAGCUUUUAUAAAUUGUUGCUUUGUGUUUUGUUUAUCAAAGACUGUGACGUAUUAGUGUCAGCAUUCUUGUUUUAACUGUAUUGUGUCAAUACAUCAAACAUUUUUUUUGUAUUCUCUACACUACAGGGUGAUCCAACUGUACGUCGACAGAUUUUCAACUCCAACUCACAGUAUAUGUAGACACGAUUUUAUUAUGUUUAGGAUUACACAUGAAAUUAUAUAUUCAAACAUUUUCGUAAAUUUGACUUGGUAAUGGGAUGGAUAUCUUAUGUUUCUUAAAGCGAGGAUACAAUAUUUGAAAACCUUUAUUUUAGGAACAAUAUUGCGAUAAUGCAUGGUUGGGUCACACUGUAUAGAGUAUGUUUUAAUUGUAUAGAAUAUGUUGGACUAAGUAUUCCAUUAUUUAUUUCUAGG